AUGCCCUCAUCAGACUACACCUCCGCAGUAGGCGGCGGUCUCAAACUCAAAGGCUCGAGCGGAGGAGGUAUUGACAAAAAGAAGAAGAAGAAGAAGAAACCACAAUCCUCAUCCGACGACAAGCCUUCUUCGACCAUCUCGGACGCGACAACGACAACGAUAGCACCAACGAAAAACUUACAUGAGAAGAGCGCCCUACAGCAACAAAGUUCCGCCCUCGCAGAUGGAGAAGAGCAAGAGCACGAGCGAGAAGGAGAGGAUGGAGAAGGUGCAGAAGAAGAAGAGCAGAAUAUCACCACCAAAGAAAUAACCACGCUGAAGAAGAAAACAACAACAACAACAACAACUCCGCCAGCAGCAGAAGAAGAAGUGAAAACUUAUGGAAAAACUGAAGCGCAAAGAAGACAUGAAGAGAGAAGAAAGAAACGGCUCGAAGAACGUCUCCAACGCGAAGGAGUCAAAACCCACAAAGAACGUGUGCAAGAACUCAACAAAUACUUGUCCACCUUGUCCGAGCAUAAUGAUAUGCCUCGCAUUGGACCUGGUUAA